UAUUAGAAGUGCUUACACACAUUUUUUGAAUUGUGGUUGUGAAAUACGAAAAGGCUAAAAGGAAGCUGUAGAUCUCGCAGCUCAUUGCAGUAGUCGUUGUAGCUCACUGCUAGUCUUCACGCAGCCAUGGCCAGCUCUCUCCACCGUGUCGUGAAAAAUUUCGCUGGGUUGCAGCCAGUGAUAUCUGGCUUUUCUAUGGCUCCAUGCUCACGGAUGGCUGCACGCAGCUUCAGCAGCCUCCGAUACACCGCGUCACCAAGCGCCCGUACUCAAGUGGGAUGUUCUCAGGCACUGCAGAUCGUGAGAUCAGCAAGUACCAAAAGGACAUCGACUGGCGGUAUGUUCCCGAUGUGGUCUAUUCCGGUGUUUCUCCUCUUCGGUGGUAGUGCCAUAUUCUUCAUUCGUUCAAAGAAAGAGGAAAUAAGGAAAGAUGAUGAUAAGCAGCAGCGGAUGUCUGUGGGCAAGGCAUUGAUCGGUGGGCCGUUCGAGCUCCUGGACAUGCAGGGCAAGACAGUAACGGAAAAGAACUUUGAGGGAGACUUUAUCUUGGUCUACUUUGGUUUCACAAACUGCCCGGACGUUUGUCCCGAUCAGCUCGAUAAGCUCUCAGAAGCCAUCAAGUCUAUGGACAAGAUCACGAAAUUCCCACCGAUUCAGCCCGUGUUUAUAUCCGUGGACCCCGACCGUGACACUCCAGAAGCGAUGAAGGCGUACUUAUCAGAGUUUCAUCCUAGGUUCAUGGGCUUGACAGGCAGCAAGGAGCAGAUUGACAAGGUGUGCAAGGAGUACCGUGUCUACUACUCAAUGUCACCCAAGGACGACGACAAUGACUACAUUGUCGAUCACACCAUCAUCUGCUAUCUGGUCGGCCCCGACGGUGAGUUCAUGGACUACUUUGGCCAGAACCGCACUGCUGACGAAAUUGCAGCUGGCAUGUCUUCCAACUUCACCAAGUACAUGCUGGAGCACGGUGACCUGGGUGAGAAACUGCGUGAAGAGCGUCGAAAGAGGCAGCAAGUAGCCAAGUGAGGAAGGCGGCCUGAUCCACUGCCGUAACUAAUAGGCUACGGUGGCCGCUGUUUACUGCCUGCAGCCGUGGUUCACAACCUGCUCAACUCGCUACUACUGUGGCUGGUAUGCUGGCUGACAGUACGAUACGCUGCACCGUAUUGUAUUGCUGUGCUCAUCCACCGCGCACUGGAUUGGUGCUUGACGCUUGCAGCUCAGCGUAGGUACUCCAGUGGAGUGACGAACGAUGCACACACGGGUUUCUUGUUUGACAUCUCACUUUGCCGCCGUGCCAUGCAGCCACACUACUAGUACAAGAAUUGUUAGCUUUGGCUCUGCUGCUGCUGCUGGCAGGUGUGGAUAUAUGCAUGCGGUGGAUAUUCAUGGUCCCGCUGCUGUCUCUCUUUCCUGAGCUGCUGGUUCUCAGUGCAAUCGUACCCGUAGAGUAAGCAGCCACCAGUGUGUGUGUGUGUGUGUGUGGUGGGUGUGUAUGGGCGUGUGCAUGCGUGCAUGCAUGCGCACACAUAAAGGCUGUGCUUUCUGCAGUUUGCCAUUGAUAUGCUUGUUAGUACAUUGUACAGGGCAGCAUAGACUGAGUAACUACUGGAACUACUGGAACUACUGGGUACUACUGGGUACUAUGUCGGCCUAUCUUCACACUGUACAUGUACAUGCUGCCUGUAAUUGAUUUUUCAAUAGCUAUAGUUGACUUUAUUAUUAGUAGUUGUACAAUCCAUUAUAAUUAUAAUCACUACACCAACGUUGUCUUCGUUCUUUUCUACCACUGGAUGAUGUGUGCUUA